AUGAAGUACAUUCACUCUGUCGAGUCCGUCGAGAUCCCUGAGGGAGUCAAGGUUCACAUCAAGUCUCGCAAUGUCACCGUCGAGGGCCCCCGUGGCAAGCUCGUGAAGGACCUCAGCCACCUGGCUGUCAACUUCUCCCAGCCCAAGAAGGAUCUCAUCAACAUCGAGAUCCACCACGGCUCCAGGAAGAACGUCGCCACCCUCCGCACCGUCCGCUCCCUGAUCAACAACCUGAUCAUCGGUGUCACCAAGGGCUUCAAGUACAAGAUGCGUUACGUCUACGCCCAUUUCCCCAUCAACGUCAACCUCGACAAGAACUCCGAGACUGGCCUGUGGGAGGUUGAGAUCCGCAACUUCAUCGGCGAGAAGAUUGUCCGCAAGGUCGUCAUGCACGAGGGUGUCGAUGUCGAGAUCUCCAAGGCCCAGAAGGACGAGCUUGUCCUCCUCGGCAACAGCCUCGAGAACGUCUCCCAGAGCGCCGCCGACAUCCAGCAGAUCUGCAGGGUGCGCAACAAGGAUAUCCGAAAGUUCCUUGACGGUCUCUACGUCUCCGAGAAGGGCCACGUUGUCGAGGCCGAGUAA